CCCCAGCCUAACAGUUGCGAACCCACCGUGUUGUACGCCUUGUGCCUGCGGAAGGGCUGAGAAUAAAAAUGGAGACGAUCUCCAGGAUCUCUUCGAUGCUGGAAACAGCUCGAGAGCUCACCCUGGAAGCAGCUCAGUCCGCUGCCAUCUCUCGAGGGACGGGAAUUGGCACGUCAUCCCGCGACCUCAGCGUCGCUCAUAUAAAAAAGCUUCUCGACUCGCGCAGUGACCGCGAUGUUUUGGACGGCCUGCGACGCAUUAUCUCUCUCAUGUACCGCUCUGAACCCUCCGUCCCAUUCUUUUCCGCCGUUGUGAAAAACGUCGCCAGCGCGAACCUCGAAGUCAAGAAGUUGGUCUACAUAUAUCUUGUUCAUCAUGCGGAGGCGGAACCCGACCUCGCUCUCUUGUCUAUCAAUGCAAUCCAGAAAUCGCUCACGGACCAAAAUCCUCAGGCCCGGGCUAUGGCGCUCCGCACGAUGGCUAGCAUUAGGGUGCCGGUCAUUAACCAGAUCGUGUCGUUGGCCAUUAAACGUGGCUGCGGUGACAUGAGUCCGCACGUCCGGAAAGCAGCCGCCCUUGCUAUCCCGAAGUGCUAUAGGCUGGAUCCCAGCACCCAGCCGCAACUGAUUGGGUACAUCGAAACACUUCUGGGCGAUACCCAGUAUUUUGUUGCUGGUCCUGCGGUUGCUGCGUUUCUUGAGGUUUGCCCGGAUAGGAUCGAUUUGAUCCAUAAGCAUUACCGGAGCUUAGUCAAGAAACUCGUGGACAUGGAUGAAUGGGGCCAAUUGGCGACUUUGCGUCUUCUGACUUUCUACGCUCGGAAAUGCUUCCCUCUGAAGACACGAAAAGUGCAGAAGAAUCCCACUAAGUCAAAAGGAUUCUAUGACGAUGACGAUGGGGAAGCUAACGAGGGCGAGGGGGAAACGUAUGAUGUCCCAGUUCUGGACCCAGAUCUUGAGCUCUUUUUACGAUCUUGCAGGCUACUUUUGCAGAGUCGUAAUGCCGCAGUUAUCGUCGCUGUCGUUCGAUGUUACUUUUACCUUGCUCCGACGGAAUAUCUUGGUGCUGCCGUUGGUCCUUUGGUCGCUUUGCUUCGAAGCCCCCAAGACAUGCAGCACAUAGCGUUGUACAAUAUUGUUGUCGUCGCUCUACGAUAUCCGAAACCGUUUACGAAAUAUGUGUCGCAUUUCUUGGUGCACGCGUCAGACCCACCUCACAUCUGGCGUCUGAAGCUUGAAGCACUUACGAUACUCUUUCCCCACUGCGGUAAUCACUUUAAAAACUUGAUCAUCAGCGAGCUCGAACAUUUUGCUCAGGGCGCUGAUCCCGACUUAGUACGGGAGAGCGUACGCGCCCUGGGACGUUGUGCACAAGGUGACCCUAAUGCGGCUGAUAAGUGUCUACGUAUCCUACUCAACCAAAUCACAAGCCUUGAUGACACUCUUGUGUCAGAAUCACUGACUGUUAUCCGACAUCUCAUUCAACAUGAUCCGGGCUCGCAUGAGCGGACAGUUAUUCAGUUGGUGAAGUACCUCGGGCUGACCACAAAUCCCGACGCGAGGGCAACCAUUGUAUGGUUGGUUGGCGAAUACGCGGGACUUGAACCUGAGAGGAAUUUUGCACCUGACGUUUUACGGGUUUUGGUACAGAAUUUCGCCGAAGAGUCGGAGGCUGUGAAGCAACAGAUCCUGCUCUUAGGAGCUAAAGUUUAUCUCCACCAUAUUCUACGCAAUCCUGUCAAGGAAGAGUCUGACUCAGAAGAGCCUCUAUCGAAGCCGGUGGAUCAAACCCAGCUGAGGAACGAUUGGGCAGAUGCCGAUGGCGAGAAACAACACGACAGGAAUAGUUUAGAGGAAAAAAAAGAAGCACCUGGGGAAGAAGAUACAAUGACUCUUCUCUGGCGGUAUAUACUACUUCUGGCCAGAUACGACACAUCUUACGACCUCCGGGACCGUGCUCGUCUAUAUAAGGCCCUUCUUUCUUCGCCCUCGUCGACUCAAAUAGCGAAUUUGCUUCUCCUUGCCCCAAAGCCGGUUCCGCAUGCUCCUAGCCCGUCUGAAACCAGGAAAGACCUAUUGAUUGGCUCAUCAACGCUUGUUCUGGGAAACGACGCUGGGAUCCACGGUUUGCAGGGUUACGAAAAUAUACCAGACUGGGUGGAAGCAGGCCACGAGCCGGACCCCAGCCUUCGCGUGUCGGAUGUUAAAGCCGAUAAAACUACCACGGUGGCGACUACUGCAGGUGAGCAGCUUGACAGAGCUCUCAAGGAGCAUGAAGCGAACAUAGCUGCCUCAAGCCGAGCGCACGCGGUUCGCGGGAGAGUAGCCGCUCCUGCUGCAAAGAACAAGACCCUUGAUCAGUGGCUCGAUGAACCCGAGCCCGAAACGGACGAGGAGACUGAGUAUGAAGAGGUAACAGAUUCUGAGGAGGGAGAUGAAGAGUAUUCAACGGAAUACGAAACAGACUCUGAGGCAGGAGAUGAGGACGAGGAAGAGGAAGAGGAAGAAGAGGAGGAAGAAGAAGAAGAAGAAGAAGAAGAAGAAGAGGACGCUGACUCCGAAGAGCGCCGACAAACUCAACAGCUUCUAAGAUAGCAGGCUAGGCGUUUGACGAAGGUGCAUUUUGCUCAAUUUCAGGCUACCUAAGU